UGUAUAUACUGUUGAUAUGUAUAGUGUAAUUGUUGUUUAUUGAUGUGUUCAUGCAGGGUUCAUCUGCAAAAGAGACACUGGCCUCAGCAUGACUUCCUGCUUAAAUAGAGGAUCAAUAAAAUGUACCCAUUCAUUUCUAUUUGGCACAAAAUAAUCUGAAACACAACCAAAAUGAACUGCAAAUACAUCCAACAAGUUUGUAGAGUCACAAGCGUGCUAGCAAUAUGGGACCAAAUAAAACACUUUUGACUAUUUUAUUGACACCACCCUUGAUCAGUCACUGGCUUUAUCAAUAAGUGCAUCGAGGACGUCGUCCCCACGGUAACUGUACGUACAUACCAGAACCAUUCGCACUGAGCUAAAGGGUAGAGCUGCUGCUUUCAAGGAGUGGGACUCUAACCCGGAAGCUUAUAAGAAAUCCUGCUAUGCCCUCUGGCGAACCAUCAAACAGGCAAAGCAUCAAUACAGGACUAAGAUCAAAUCAUACUACACCGGCUCCGUGGCAGGGCUUGCAAACCAUAACAGACUACAAAGGGAAGCACAGCCGAGAGCUGCCCAGUGACACGAGCCUACCAGACGUGCUAAAUAACUUCUAUGCUCGCUUCGAGGCAAGUAACACUGAAACAUGUAUGAGAGCAUCAGCUGUUCCAGAUGACUGUGUGAUCACGCUCUCCACAGCUGAUGUGAGUAAGACCUUUAAACAGGUCAACAUUCACAAGGCUGCGGGGCCAGAUGGAUUACCAGAACGUGUACUCAAGCAUGAGCUGACCAACUGGCAAGUGUCUUCACUGACAUUUUCAACAUCUCCAUGUCUGAGUCUGUAAUAGCAACAUGUUUUAAGCAGACCACCAUAGUGCCUGUGCCCAAGAACACAAAGGUAACCUGCCUAAAUGAUUACCGACCAAUAGCACUCACAUCUGUAGCCAUGAAAUGCUUUGAAAGGCUGGUCAUAGCUCACAUCAACACCAUUAUCCUAAAACCCUAGACCCACUCCAAUUUGCAUACUGCACCAACAGAACCACAGAUGAUGCAAUCUCUAUUGCACUCCACGCUGCCCUUUCCUACCUGGACAAAAGUAACACCUAUGUGAGAAUGCUAAUCAAAGCUCAUCACUAAGCUAAGGACCCUGGGACUAAACACCUCCCUUUGCAACCGGAUCCUGGACUUCCUGAAGGGCGCCCCCCAGGUGGUAAGGGUGUUGGCCCUGUCCCCCCCCCACAACAAGUGAUGUUUGCCAAGGCAACCGCAAACUUUGUCCGUCAGAUUGACCCGGAUGGAACUCUGAUAUCUGUCUCCCGCCUUAACGACUCAGACAAAUUGGUUCCCAUGGCACUGGUCGUCAAGCGCAACCGUUUCUGGUUCUGGCAACAGCCCAAGUACCAGCCCUCUGGCUUCACACUCAGUCACCUGUUGUUAGGAGACAAAGAGCUCACUCCAGACGUGUCUGAGUCAGACUUCCUGUCCUAUGAGGGGAGGUUUGGAGACAACCUGAGUGGGAAGCUGGAUGCCAAGGCUGGGAACGUCAGUGUCAACUUGGAGGGGGGGGGCUCCUCCAAGCUCCAAUCAUCAUUCAGCAAGCUGAAGAAGCAGGAUGUUGAUGUACAGAAGCUACUGCUAGCCUCCAAUGACAGGGUAGUGGACAUGCAGCAUGGUCUAGUGCAGCAGUGUCAGAAGCAUACGGAGGUGUUUGCUGUGUUGAAGGAGAGGGUCCUAACCACCACCCCCUGCUCCAUCUCAGAACAGGUCCAGGAACAGGGCACCUGCCAGAGGGUUCUGGGACUACUGGGCAACCUGGGGACACAUGCUGUACAGGAGAAUGGCAGUAUAGAGAUGGACAGUAACGUUUCCUUGGAGAUUCCCCCUCUCACUGUCAUCGCCUACAGCCUCAUAGAGUUAGAGGUCAGGAAAGACGGACACUAUGAGCUGUGUCUCCAGCAUGGUACUCUGGGAGGAUUCGAGGCAGACUCUGGGAGGACCUCGCCGUCCCAGGAUUCCUUUGAUGCCCUGUGUGUAGUGGACGGGCUGGAGUGGACGGAGAAGGAGAUUCCUGAAGGAGCACCACUCGGCACACUGCAGAAAAACUUGCAGGGGUUGGACUUGGAGGUCUAUGCAGGUCAGUUAGCGGUUCUCCCAGAGUCGACCCGGUUAGCUCUGUUCCAAAGACUCCUGGAGGUUCUAGUGGACAGAACCACACUCUCGGUUCUGGAACACAUGUUGGAGGGGUUGUGCAGAGGUGAGGAACCUGACCCUGCAGAGGUAAAUCAAUUAGCUGUGACUCAAAACAAAUCUGUUUUCGCCCUAUUGGACCUGGUCCAGAAAGGCCCAACCAAUGAGAUACAGGCUGACAGAGCCUCCGCCUCCCCUCACCUGACCGCCACUCAUCUGCUGGUCAGCGCCUUGGAGGCGUUGCCUGAAGCUGCCCUGACUCUGCUGGGAGAAUCUAGCCCUGAUGUCCUGGAAGCGCUCAACACUCUGGUGACCAAGCUAAAGGUAAACAGUCAGUCCCUCCCCCUUGAGUCGCUGCCCCUCCCCCUACAGGAUGAGGGGGCAUUCCAUUGGGCAGAGCAGCUCCUCUUCUCCUCCAAAGUGACGCUGCGGAGAGAGACUGACAGGCUGUGGGCGGAGACAGGAAGACAGCCAGGAGUGUUUCCAUUGGUCAUGUGCAUCGCUGUGCAGGGACUGACAUCUCUGUAUGCUGGGAAAGGGUAGAAUGCAUAGAUGGAUGGAUGGGUAUGUUUCAAAUGUAUUACGUUUUAUAAAUUCCAGUGCAUCGCUUGUGUGUUUGCCCUAUAUACAGUCGUGGCCACAAGUUUUGAGAAUGACACAAAUAUUAAUUUCCACAAAAUUUGACUUUUUUUGAUAUUUGAUAUUUUUGUCAGAUGUGACUAUGGAAUACUGAAGUAUAAUUACAAGCAUUUCAUAAGUGUCAAAGGCUUUUAUUGACAAUUACAUGAAGUUGAUGCAAAGAGUCAAUAUUUGCAGUGUUGACCCUUCUUUUUCAAGACCUCUGCAAUCCGCCCUGGCAUGCUGUCAAUUAACUUCUGGGCCACAUCCUGACUGAUGGCAGCCCAUUCUUGCAUAAUCAAUGCUUGGAGUUUGUCAGAAUUUGUGGGUUUUUGUUUGACCACCUGCAUCUUGAGGAUUGACCACAAGUUCUCAAUGGGAUUAAGGUCUGGGGAGUUUCCUGGCCAUGGACCCAAAAUAUUGAUGUUUUGUUCCCUGAGCCACCUAGUUAUCACUUUUGCCUUAUGACAAGGUGCUCCAUCAUGCUGGGAAAUGCAUUGUUCAUCACCAAACUGUUCCUGGAUGGUUGGGAGAAGUUGCUCACGGAGGAUGUGUUGGUACCAUUCUUUAUUAAUGUCUGUGUUCUUCGGCAAAAUUGUGAGUGAGCCCACUCCCUUGGCUGAGAAGCAACCCCACACUUGAAUGGCCUCAGGAUGCUGGACUGAUGGUAGCGCUCACCUUGUCUUCUCCGGACAAGCUUUUAUCCGGAUGCCCCAAACAAUCGGAAAGGGGAUUCAUCAGAGAGAAUGACUUUACCCCAGUCCUCAGCAGUCCAAUCCCUGUACCUAAUAUCAGUCUGUCCGUGAUGUUUUUCCUGGAGAGAAGUGGCUUCUUUGCUGCCCUUCUUGACACCAGGCCAUCCUCCAAAAGUCUUUGCCUCACUGUGCGUGCAGAUAAACUCACACCUGCCUGCUGCCAUUCCUGAGCAAGCUCUGUACUGGUGGUACCCUGAUCCCACAGCUGAAUCAACUUUAGGAGACGGUCCUGGUGCUUGCUGGACUUUCUUGGGCUCCCUGAAGCCUUCUUCACAACAAUUGAACCGCUCUCCUUGAAGUUCUUGAUGAUCCAAUAAAUGGUUGAUUUAGGUGCAAUCUUACUGGCAGCAAUAUCCUUGAUGCCCUUUUUGUGCAAAGCAAUGAUGACGACACGUGUUUCCUUGCAGGUAACCAUGAUUGACAGAGGAAGAACAAUGAUUCCAAGCACCACCCUCCUUUUGAAGCUUCCAGUCUGUUAUUCAAACUCAAUCAGCAUGACAGGGUGAUCUCCAGCCUUGUGCUUGUAAACACUCACACCUGUGAGAAAAAGAAUCCCUGACAUGAUGUCUGCUGGUCCUUUUGUGGCAAGGCUGAAAUGCAGUGGAAAUGUUUUUUGGGGGAUUCAGUUCAUUUGCAUGGCAAAGAGGGACUUUGCAAUUCAUCUGAUUACUCUUCAUAACAUUCUGGAGUAUCUGCAAAUUGCCAUCAUACAAACUGAGGCAGCAGACUGUGAAAAUUAAUAUUUGUGUCAUUCUCAAAACCUUUGGCCAUGACUGUACACUCAAUGAAUUUUGUAUUUUUGGAGACACUUAUAAAAAGCUGUAAGAGAAUCUACUCCAGAAUAGAUUUUCAGAAACUUUAAUGUGUUUGGAAAGAAAUUGAAAGCCGAAGUCAUUUGUGAUUGAGUCGACAUACCAUUUACCGUGAACACCGUCUCCACUAAAGCAGGAGAAUUGCCUUAAAAUGUAAAGCUGAACUUAUGCAAUGCGGAUUGAAUAGAGCCCUCACAGUAUAUUACCUCUACAUUUAAUGUAGAAGUGUUUAUAAAUAUAUUAUAUUCUUAUUUACAAUAAAAGUGACUCAAAUGACACAAUGCAUAAUUUUGUACUGAAGAAUGUUUGUUUCAAAUGCUUGUUUUGUUUUUCACGUUUUGUGUUUGCUUUUCAUGUAUUGUGCAAUUGAUGUGUAUAUAGUUACAGGUAACUGCCAAAAUAAAGGAAACAUCAACAUAAAGUGUCUUAAUAUAGCAUUGGUCCACCGCAAUCCAGAACAGUUUCAAUGUGCCUUGGCAUGAUUCUACAAGUGUCUGGAACUCUAUUGGAGGGAUGCGACACCAUUCUUCCACCAGAAAUGUCAUCAUUUGGUGUUUUUUUUUAUGGUGGUGGAAAACGCUGUCUCAGGCGCCACUCCAGAAUCUUCCAUGAGUUUAAUUGGGUUGAGAUCUGGUGUCUGAGACGACCACGGCAUAUGGCUGACAUCGUUUUCAUGCUCAACAAACCUUUCAGGCACAUCUUGUGCCCUGUGGGUGGGGGCAUUGUCAUCCUAUGGGCGCAUAGCCAUGGUAGCCAAAAUAUCCAGCAUUUUUAUACAUGACCCUAAGCAUGAUGGGAUGUUAAUUGCUUAAUUAACUCAGGAACCACACAUGUGUGGAAGCAGCUGCUUUAAAUAUGCUUUGUAUCCCUGUUUGUAUUAUCUUGGCAGUUACCUGUCUAUUGCCUCUAAGACAUGAAGUCAAAGCAUAUUGCCAUUUGUGUAAGAUUAUACAGCUUUUUAAUAAUA